AUGUUGCUGAAAAGCUCAUCUACUCCAGUUCUUGGGUCCCUACUCUCCUCCUUAUCAGAAACUCACAACAAUAAUCACUGCCAAUAUGAAGUGCCUAAUGCUACACCAACUUCAAUUCAUCAAAAACUCGUCACCAAACAAAGUUCCCUGAGCGGAUUUCGAAGAGCUCAAUCUGAUGGAAACCUGGAAGAAUUAUCAAAUGUGGAUGAGUUUAGUUUCUCCAAUGUGUCCAAGAAAUUAGCCCAUAAACCUAACUGCUUCUGGUUGGAGCCAAUCCCAUCUCUCUUGUCGCACUUGGGAACAUGCCAAGAAGUUGAAGACGAGGACGAGGAAGAGGAAGAGGAAGAAAAUGAAUGGGCUGUUGAAAGUAUCGAGGAAAACAGUGAAUUUAAUAGUGAACCAAUUCAAGGUGCAUAA